AUGGGCUUGCGCAACCGCCUCGACGGCAAUAAUAUGUCAGGACAACGCGAUAUCCCCCUUGAAUUCGGGGAGCAGCCCGAGCAACCACCUUUGGAGGCCCCAGGGGCAGUUGCCCCCGGUGCUGGGCCUGGCGCAGCCGAAGCGAUGGAGACCGAGCCGCCUGCCAGCGAGCCCGGAACCGACGAGAUGGACAGCGAGGCCUUUGGAACGCCGGAGGUCUCCGAGCCCUCUUCCCAAGGCCUUGGCCUCGUCUCAGAGGAAGCUGGAGCUCGUGGAGGCCCUAGUCCACCUGCCAAAGAAGCCGUGCCCUUCCAAACUGAGGAGCCCAGUGGGGGAAACCUCUGGCCUACCCUGGAGCAGCCUGGGGCCCUCACUGGGGCCGGAGCAGGGGCCCAUGCAAGCCUCGAGGCCUUCAGCCCAGCAGCAGAAGAGCCCGAAGCCUUCACUGGAGCCAGACCAGGCCUGGGAGACUACAGCCCCCCACCAGAGGAAGCUGUGCCCUUUGACUUUAAGCAGAGAGGCUGCAGUUCAUCACCCUUGCAGCUCGGAACCCUCGCUCCGGCCAGCCCAGGUUUGGGGGUCGCCAGCACUCCCCCAGAGGAGCCGGGACAUCCCGGGCCUGCAGACCCAGGCUUGGGAGGAUCCAGCUCUCCCUCUGAAGAGGCUGUGCCAUUUCGGUUUGAGGGAGCAGGCUUCGGGGGCGAUAGCCCACCCUCUGGGCUCUCCCGAGCCCUCCCAGAGGUCGACGGUGGCGGCCAGUCCUCAGCAGUCGCGGUCCCGAGUGCGGUCUGCCUCGCUCCCGCCGAGAGCGUGCCCCCCCUCUGGGUCCCAAGCGCCAUCGACAGCCCAGCCAGAGAGGCUGUCAGACCUCCUUACUCCGCGGGCGACAGCCCCCCGUUGGAGAUCGCCCGACCCCAGCUCAAGAUUGGCAGCGCCCCUGUUGGGGUCUACGACGCUCCCGUCAACCUGGACAGCCCCCCAAUCGCGCCUGACGGCACGCCCAUCGAGGUCUCCCGAGCCCCAAUUGAAACGGAGAGAGCCGAGGCAGAGAGACCCCCAGUUGAGGGCGAAGCAGCCGAGAUGGAAGGAGGUUCAGCUACCGCUCCCGCCGAGGGAGGUAAAGUCACCUCUCCAGGGGACGGAGCCCCAGACGCCGGGGAUCGAGCCCCUGACGCUGGGGACGGAGCCCCAGACGCCGGGGACGGAGCCCCUGAUGUCGGGGAUGGGGCCCCUGACGCCGGCGAACGAGCCCCUGACGCCGGGGCCGCCGCCGCUGCCGCCCCUGCAGCCCCUGAUGCCGGGGCCACCGCUGCCGCCCCUGCCGCUGUCACCGGGGCCGCUGCUGCCACCCCUGCGGCCCCUGCCACCGGAGCCGCUGCUGCCACCUCUGCAGUCCCUGCCGCCCCUGCUGCCAGGGCCCCCCGUGCUGGCCGAAUCACCCGAGCUGAUGUCCCUACCCGGGCAUCAAGCCGGCUCAAGCUCCAGCACCUCAGACCCCCCAGCCCUGAGAUCCAGGCUGCUGACCCGCCUACUCCGCAGCCUGGGCGCUCGGCUUCCCGGCGGGGCCCCAGGUCCGACCGCAGCCGCGGCCACAGCGACGACGAAGAGUCCGUCAGCAGCGACGACUACCCCGCCAGCAAAGACGACCCCGAAGAGGGGACCUCGGGAGGCCGCCGCUGGGGGCAGCCCCGGAAGAGCCGCCGCCGCCGAAAGCCCCGGCGCAACUUGCUCCGCAACUUCCUCAUCCAAGCCUUUGGAGGCUGCUUUGGCCGCUGCCAGAGCCCCCAGCCCAAAGCCCCGAAGCCCCCCAAAGUCAAGAAGGUUUCACUGGCAGAGAAGCGCAGACAGAUGCGCAAAGAAGCGCUCGAGAAACGAGCUCAGAAGCGCGCCGAGAGAAAACGCAGCAGGCUCAUCGACAAGCAACUCCAGGCUGAAAAGAUGGGGUACAUGUGCACGCACCGCCUGCUGCUUCUAGGGAGAAAAGUGGCGCAGAGCGACAUUGAGGGUCGUUUCCAGCUGGACAAGCCAGCGCCAGCGACCGUAAGCCGCCCCGGAGCCUUGGGUUGGGGGCCGGCAGCACAGGCGGGGGCUUCAGGUGCGGGAGAAUCUGGUAAAAGCACCAUUGUGAAGCAAAUGAGGAUCCUGCAUGUAAAUGGGUUUAAUGGAGAGGGCGGCGAAGAGGACCCGCAGGCUGCAAGGAGCAACAGCGAUGGUGAGAAGGCAACGAAAGUGCAGGACAUCAAAAACAACCUGAAAGAGGCCAUUGAAACCAUCGUGGCCGCCAUGAGCAACCUGGUGCCCCCCGUGGAGCUGGCCAACCCUGAGAACCAGUUCAGAGUGGACUACAUCCUGAGUGUGAUGAACGUGCCUGACUUUGAUUUCCCUCCCGAAUUCUACGAGCACGCCAAGGCUCUGUGGGAGGAUGAAGGUGUGCGCGCUUGCUACGAGCGCUCCAACGAGUACCAGCUGAUCGACUGCGCUCAGUACUUUCUGGACAAGAUUGAUGUCAUCAAGCAGGCUGACUAUGUCCCCAGCGACCAGGACCUGCUUCGCUGCCGCGUCCUGACUUCUGGAAUCUUUGAGACCAAAUUCCAGGUGGACAAAGUCAACUUCCACAUGUUCGAUGUGGGCGGCCAGCGCGAUGAACGCCGCAAGUGGAUCCAAUGCUUCAAUGAUGUGACUGCCAUCAUCUUCGUGGUAGCCAGCAGCAGCUACAACAUGGUCAUUCGGGAGGACAACCAGACCAACCGCCUGCAGGAGGCUCUGAACCUCUUCAAGAGCAUCUGGAACAACAGAUGGCUGCGCACCAUCUCUGUGAUUCUGUUCCUCAACAAGCAAGAUCUGCUUGCUGAGAAAGUCCUCGCUGGAAAAUCAAAGAUUGAGGACUACUUUCCAGAAUUUGCUCGCUACACUACUCCUGAGGAUGCUACUCCCGAGCCCGGAGAGGACCCACGCGUGACCCGGGCCAAGUACUUCAUCCGCGACGAAUUCCUGAGAAUCAGCACUGCCAGUGGGGACGGACGCCACUACUGCUACCCCCACUUCACUUGCGCUGUGGACACUGAGAACAUUCGCCGCGUGUUCAACGACUGCCGUGACAUCAUCCAGCGCAUGCACCUCCGUCAGUAUGAGCUGCUCUGAGAAGGGAACCCCCAAAUUUAAUUAAAGCCUUAAGCACAAUUAAUUAAAAGUGAAACGUAAUUGUACACGCAGUUAAUCACCCACCAUAGGGCAUGAUUAACAAAGCAACCUUUCCUUUCCCCUGAGUGAUUUUGCGAACCCCCUUUUCCCUUCAGCUUGCUCUAAAUGUUCCAAAUUUAGAAAGCUUAAGGCGGCCUACCAGAAAAGAAAAAGAAAAAAGGCCACAAAAGUUCCCUCUCACUUUCAGUAAAUAAAACGACAGCAGCAAACAUAAAUAAAUAAAUAAGUGAAAUAAAUGAAAUAAAUAUUGUUUUGUGCAGCAUUAAAAAAAUCAGAAUAAAAAUUAAAUGUGGGCAAGA